UGGCGGACGUGCUUGUUUUGCAUCUAUGAUAUUGAGCGAAUUGCAGUAUUUUUUUGUCUAAAUUAAUUAACUUUAGUAGUGUAAACGCUUUGUAUCAGUUUGUUAUAAACAGUUGAGUCGCAGAAUACCCAUCAUGAAAGGAAAAGAAAGGUCGCCAGUAAAAAAACGCUCAAGGGCCGUGGACGAUGUUCGAGACAGGGGAGGAAGCCACCCGAGCAGCAAGAAAAUGGGGGUUGUGGCGAUUUCUGGCGGAAGCAACAAUGGAAACAGCUCCUCCAAAAGCGAAGGUGGUUCAGCGAGAAGGAGUUUACUGGGAGACAAAAGGGAUAGUCGGGACUUUGACGGCCAUGCUUCCAGUCGCACGGGAAACAGUCACAGCUACACCAGCCCUGUUGCUAGCGCUAGCAGCAAGAAUCACAACUCCAGCCUGUCGCUUGAAGCGGCCGCGAGGAGCAACUCGCGCUCAGACCAGCGCAGCCAGCUCGGCGCUAACGAGAGUGAGUACAAAACGCUAAAAAUAAGCGAACUGGGAUCGCAGCUGAGUGACGAGGAGAUCGAGGACGGUUUGUUUCAUGAGUUCAAGAAAUUCGGCGACGUGAGUGUAAAAAUUAGCCGCGUUAACGACGAAAGAAUUGCUUUUGUGAACUUUAGGAGGCCUGACGAUGCCAGGGCGGCGAAACACGCCCGAGGUCGCCUGGUGCUCUAUGACCGGCCUUUGAAAAUCGAGGCGGUGUACAUGAACAGAAGAAGGAGUCGAUCACCCGUGGAAAAAGACCACUUUUCUGCCGUGGCCAGCCACAGACAUUUGCACACCCAGAGGCCUCUGUCACCUACAGGGCUCGGUUACAGAGACUACCGGCUCCAGCAGUUAGCACUUGGUCGACUUCCUCCACCCCCACCUCCUCCCUUACCUAGAGAGCUGGAGAGAGAAAGAGAGUUUGCUUUUUUUGAAGCCAGAGCAAGACCGGCUUACAUUGCUGAACGAGCUCCUGCCUUUCGCGAGGAGGAUUUUAUUUCUCCUGAGGAUGACCAACGAGCUAACAGAACGUUGUUUUUGGGUAAUUUGGACAUCACGGUAACAGAAAAUGAUCUGAGGAGGGCAUUUGACCGCUUUGGAGCCAUCACUGAAGUGGACAUUAAAAGACCCAGUCGGGGACAAAGCAGCACAUAUGGCUUUCUUAAAUUUGAGAACUUGGACAUGGCCCACAGAGCAAAAAUCAGCAUGUCAGGAAAAGUGGUCGGACGAAAUGCUAUUAAAAUCGGUUAUGGAAAGGCGACCCCAACUACACGCCUCUGGGUGGGGGGCCUCGGACCUUGGGUUCCCUUGGCUGCAUUAGCAAGGGAGUUUGAUCGCUUUGGUACUAUUAGGACUAUAGAUUACAGAAAAGGGGACACGUGGGCUUAUAUUCAGUAUGAAAGCUUGGAUGCUGCGCAGGCUGCUUGCACACACAUGCGAGGCUUUCCUCUUGGAGGGCCAGAUCGACGGCUCAGAGUGGAUUUUGCAGACACUGAACACCGCUACCAGCAGCAGUUUCUGCAGCCGCUCCCUCUACCCCACUACGAGGUCGUGGCUGAGUCCUUUGUUCACCGUGCAACCCCUGAAGCCAUCAGGGUCAGAGAAAGAACUCCUCCGCCACUGCAUUUUCGAGAACGGGAGCUCUAUGCUGGUGCAGAGUGGCCGGCUCCUGCCAUCCGUGAACGCGUAAGAACGCCUGCAUUUGAACCUCUGGAGCACCUGGAACGGGAUCGACGGCCUAGAGAGCCGUGGUCCCUGGAGCGGGAGCUUCCAAGCAGAGACGCUGCAAGAAAAAGGCGACUUCUAGAGGACGGAAGGCAUUUAGAUUGUUCACCUGACAGCAGCAGUGAGUGGGCAGUUCGGCGCCGGAGAGCCCCAUCGACUGAAGGCAGCCCAGGAGGUAGCAGCCGUGACGGCCGCUUCAGUGACUCUGAGCGACCAACGAGAGCAGAACGGCUGUCACCUGCACGAGAGCAUCGUGGUAGCCUAGAGCGGGCUCCUGGAGAGAAGCGCCUUAAGAGCAGCAGCAGCUUGUCUGAGUCUAGCAUUGGCGCAAGCCCGUCAGAGAGAAAACGCAAAGCAAGUGAAGUGAGCAAAGGGCCUUCAAAAAGAGAGCGAGGUGAAGGCAGUUCCAAGGGCGGUCCGUCAUCCAAGCAGGACACUGGCGGAAAGCUGAGCAUGGCCUGGAAUGGAAUGCUGCUCCUGAAGAAUAGCAAUUUUCCAGCCAGCAUGCACAUUCUUGAGGGAGACCUGAGUGUGGCCAACACCCUUCUGGUCGACGGCAGCACAGGAGGCAAGGUGACGCAGCUCCGCAUCACACAGCGUCUUCGGCUCGACCAACCCAAGAUGGAUGAGGUGUCGCGCCGCAUCAAGGUGGCAGGCCCAGGCGGGUAUGCCAUUCUCCUAGCAGUCCCUGCCAGCUCAGAGGAUGCAUCUUCGUCCUCCUCAUCGACAGACCCAGCGGCUUCAACCCAGCGUCCCCUCCGCAACCUGGUCUCAUAUCUGAAGCAAAAGCAGGCAGCUGGGGUAAUCAGUUUACCUGUGGGGGGCACUCGCGAUAAGGACAACGCGGGGGUGCUGCACGCAUUCCCACCCUGCGAUUUCUCUCAGCAGUUCUUAGAUUCCUCUGCAAAAGCUCUUGCCAAAACAGAAGAGGACUAUCUUGUCAUGAUCAUUGUUCGUGGAGCAUCCUAACAAUCAGAACACACACACACACAAAAAAAAAUGCAUUGUUAUACAAAAGAAAUGUCUCAUUUGCAUGCUCUGUUAAGCCUGGUGCAGCAACCGUAGUUUAAACAGUUAUUAAAAGGUUAUGUGUCAUCUGUUCUGCCAAAUGCAAUGCAUGAAAAACAUGUCUCAUAUAGCAAAAUUGGUUUUCAUAUUGCAAUAUUUGCUCACAUUUGCAAGUUUAGUUUCCAAACCAAAUCUCUGUGAUACUGUUUGAAAGAGUAAAAGAAAAGGCAUACACAGUUUGAAAACUAAAUAUUUACACUAUACACUGUACUGCUGAGAAACUUAUACAUGACUUAUACAUGUUUGUUUAGCCAUUAGAUUGUAAGCAGUUCCCUGUAAGGAUAUUAACACGAAUGUUGGUUCAUGUAGGUAUAUUAUAUUUUUUUAUUUAAAAAAAGAGGUUAUUAAGUCAUUGUGGUUUAAUGCUUGGAACAAUCAGUUAAUGAUGAAGAGAAAGUGUAACAUAGACCUAAGUGUGUAGUUCUAUAGUUCAUUUACAGCAGUCCAGGUAUUUCUCACUUAAACUGCAUGUUGACUGUUGUCCUGUUUUGAAAUCCUUACGGGGUAGAUCACAGUUCAAAAACUUGCAGACUGUAAACUAAUGUAUCUGUACUUUAGUAUUGAAGUGUUUAUCAGUGUGUAACUGGGCAAGCAUUUCAUGAGGCUACAAAUUUUCUCCAAGAUUUUAUUAUAUCCAAGGCAUCUUAUAUGAUCUGAUUUAUUUUGCUCUUCUUUUAAUUCUAACAUGCUUCAAAGCCACCGUUUGCACAGACCAUUGUGCAUAGCUUCUGAUUCUAAUUAGAAAUCCUUUUGUAUUUGACAAGACCAUCUGUUCUAAAAAUAGUUCUGUUGAGACAUUUUCCAUUUUCACCUUGCUUUUUGCUCUUCCCUACUCAUUUCUGUUCAGAUUUUGUAAUGUAGUGAGCCACUAGUUUCUACUGAAUUCAGUGCUUUUAUUGUUUUGAUUUGUUUUAUUUUUUUUAAAAGUAUAAAUCUUGCCAGUAGAACACAGUAUAAAAAAAAAAAUUAAGAACACUUUAUAGAAUAGCAGUAUGUAAUGCAUGUGGCUUAUUCAUUUUUGUCAGCAUUGGUCUCAGUUUUGUUCUCUAUGCCACAUUAAAGGAAUUGUUAAAUUGAUGUCCAGGUACUAAAAUGCGAGUGGAAAAAUGUUCUUCCGAACUGAUAAACAUAAUACAUAUGGUGAUGUAAUUCUACUAUGACCUUUAUUUUUCAUAAAGUAACACAUUUAAUUUUCAGCUUAGGGCAUACUUAAAGCAGGGCCGCACAAUUGGGGUAAUAACUAGGGUUCAAUGAAAAAACACAAAUUUGUAAAUAGAAGAUAGCAUGUGUGAUUGUGCAGUCAGUGAUUAUACCACCAAAGAGUUUUAUUGGAGUAUGCUUAAUUUAAUCGGAGCAGCCCUGAAUUUAAGUGUGUUUUAAGUUGAAUAAUCUGCUGCAUUUGCAUAGUCUGUUAUAGACAUAUAGAAUACUUUUCUACCCCCACGCCAAGUUUUUUUUUUCCCCAUUUCUGUCAAUGCUGAGGUUUGUUUGCAGUGUCUUGAGUCUGAUUAUAAUAACAAAUGUGUUAAUGCCAUCUGUAUUAUGCCAUCUAACAUUUUAAAAUCACACUAAAUUGCAUUUUUUUUAAAGCAGAUUGGUUUGUGAAUUAAGGUAAUUAAGCUGUUUUAUAUGUAUGGAUGAGUGGGAGAUACUGUAUUUUCAGUAGCCAUCUCUCAGGAUGAAAAAAGGACCGUUGCAACCGAGGACUUCCCGUGGCUGGAAUGAGAGAAAAAAAAAAAGAUUGAGUUGAUACAGGAGCCCUUUGGAUGCAGAGGGGCAAGAGCUUUUUCCGUUUAGUGAUUGUGUAUUCUCGCUGAGAGAGCAGCUUCACACUUGUGUAAAUGUUUUUGUGCUUACACUUCCCAUAUUUAAACGGAAAUAUGACCAUCUUGCUUUGUGGUGUGUUUACCUGGUUUCUUGAAGGAGAGGAAAAAAGAGGAAUCGCUCAUUCACAUCUCGCACAGCUAAGAAAUAGCUGUCCACAUACACACAAAAAAGUGCACUGGCACUUGUUUGAUUUUGUCUUACUAUCAAUAAAUUGUUUCAUUUGAGGGAGAAAUGUUCAUUCGUUGGAAAUGAAUCAAAGACCAGCUCCGCGGUCACUUUGCGGUUGUCUUUCGAUGGAAUUGUUGCUGAUUGUUUCUGCUCAAGAAAAAAAAUUCCAUAUGUGGAUCAGUGGUGACUUUAAGAGCCAAGAGCAAGCGCAUUCUAUUGCUGUGUUGUCAGUGUUUUCCCAGCAUUGUGUCGUGGAGUUGCCUGGCUUUGCUAAUUAACAGCCCUUGCACACUCCUGCCGUAGACCUCCCCCAUAUUCCUGAGGGAAGUAAAAGCAGAAAGAAGGGAGCUUUCUCUGUAGCAGGCUUGUGCUCUGCUGCUGACAGAGUCAGAGGGGAGAUGGUGAUUGCACAGACCUACAAAUAAGAUGCGAGUUUUGUUCCAGCACUGCCACUGGUGUCAUCCAAGGUGCUUCCCUACCUCCAUCAGCUGGAAGAGGUCAGGUCCGCCAUUACCCAACUGCUUUGCAUUGACAGCACAACCACCUGCGAAUUAAAGGUCAAAUUUGAAUACUUUCUAUUUCGGUGGAGCAAGCAUUUGUUUACUCCAUCCUUUGGUUUUUGCACAUUUGAUUUUAUUUUUCCACUACAUUGAGAUGUCAGUACAGGAAGAGGAUUUCGAAGAUAAGAAAAUGGAGAGCGAUAUAGAAAGUAAAAAGCCCUUCUAGGCCCUGAAUGAAGACUCAUAGUUUUGUCUUCCUCCACAUGCUUUUGUGACAGAAGUAUUAAAUCUACACCUGUCUUAAAUUGACCUGAAAUUCAAGUGUUGCCAACUAGACUGCCAGUUCCUCAAACAGCACAGCAGUAAACACAUGGAGGUACUUUCAAGAAGCUACAGAUGGAGAGAAUAAAGGCCUCCUUUCUUCCUUAAUAAGCCAUUGUGUCCAUCUUCAUCACCUUUCCAUCAGGUCAUCCAGCAGUCCGUGCCUGCCGGAUGGUGGUGAGUAGGGCUAGUGUGUUUUUACCAAGGCUGUUGCGCAAAGCCUGUCUGCUGAAGGUAAGUAUCAGUUCAGGACAGAAAGUAACUCACUCAUGUAGGAUUCAACUGCCUUUAUUUUGACUGACAAAUCCACAGAUCAUAUAAACCCAUUUAGCUGCAUUAUUAAUCUGACAGGAGUGCAAUAACUUUUGCAAAUUUGUUAACAUGUAUUCAUACAUGAAUUUAUUCAUUGUGUGGAUAAGAAUAUGUUCAAGAAUAAUACUACAAAAAAACAGUAUUUGUUACUUUUUAAGCACUGGUUUACCAGGCAGGUUUAAGUUAAACCGUAAUUUCUGGCCAUAAAUCUAAUCAACGUACAAUAUUUCACCAGUAUGUGGGAUAUGUGUGAAUAACAUACUUUAGAGGAGGUAAGUCUCGCACAUAUGUAAAAUUUCAGUGCUAUCACCUUUAAUACUACCUUUAUUUUAACUCCGUUUAAACCCCAGCACCACCAAGUUGCCACUGUUGGGAUGAAGGACUUUACCACUUAAUUGCUGUUUAAUUAAGUGUUUAAUUAGAUAAAAUGUAAGUUGCUCUAGAUAAGGGCGUCUGCCAAAUGCUAGACAUGUUUUUAGAGCUAGUUUAUUUUUAUUUUUAUUCAGAUAGUGACCCACAGUGAUCCACAGUCGGUCAGUAUCUGAAUAUAAAACCCAGUUCUAAAAACAUCCAAAGACACCCUGAUCCAGGACAAAUUACAUUUUAUAUUACUGUAUAUGUAUAUUUGACUGAUCUCUGGAAAGGUUUGUAACUACUUUGAUGAUCAAGCUGUCCUGAAGCAUGACUUAAUAAGCAUUUAAUAUAAUUGCUCAAAUUUGUCCUACCUCAAUGUGAAUAUUAUCCAUAUUAUAGAAGUAAUCUCAGGAAUGUGGUAAAAAAUUAAAAAUCCAGAAAAUAACCUUCAGUGCCUGGUUGUAAAUUGAUAUUUACAAUUGGCUCUUGUUAAGUUGGAGCUUUACAAGUGUUCACAAAAUUGUGUUGAUGCACAGCAGCAGCAUCUACGAUUCCCACACAACCCCCGACCCCCACCACCCCCAGAAUGGAAAUUACAAGUCAGAGGUUCGCAAAUCUGGUUGUGGGUUCCACUGCACACAUUGAAUUUACUCCAUGUUGUGUGUGAAAAUGGAGAAAUUGGAAAAGACUGAUCAAAAUCUGUAUAUUGAGUGAAAAUUAAAUAAGGGAUAUCUUAUCUUAAAACAGAACAUUCAGCAAAGUCAUUGCAUAUUGAAUAAGGUGCAACUGAUUUGUGCUGACGAAGACACAUCAGUUUAUGAUGUAAAUAUUUAGACCAUACACACCAUCUUUCUUAAUGUCUAUGUUGCAGUGAGAAGAACAGAUGGUCCACUGUAAGAUUUCUUUGUCCUUGGAAUAUAGGUAACUACAAACUGUGUAAUUUUACUGUCAUAUAGUCAUUAUUGGACAAUAUAAUAACUUUAAUAGCUUUUUAAUAUGGUGAUUCAGGUGUGUAUAUACUUUAUGUACACACACACACAUAUGUACAUACAGCACACACAGAGGAUGGACACAAAAAAGUGCCCUUAUAAGAAAUGUAUGGCUAGAGUGCAUCUUGUCAUUCCAUGAGUCUCUGGAUCUAUAGUGGAGGGUUUGUUCCUUGUUCCUCUAAAAGAUUUAGAAGAAUUAUUGGGGUCAACUUGGAAGAGACCACUAAUAUUAAGAUAGAAAGGUUUCCUUAUGGGAUGAUAAGGUAAAUAGUAAGAAUGAUGUAUUGAAUUAUUCUGCCUCUUUCAUGUAAGGCACAUGUUUUUUUUUCCUCUGGUAUAAAACAGUUACAUCGGCCUGCCUGAUCAACAGCCAUUUGUAAAUUGAAGCAGGUGUGUCUGGGCAUGGAACACACUUAGAUGUGCAGCAUCCCAUGACUGAGCCUGGGAACCCAUGCUGUGAUAAUACCCUAAAACACAAGUAAUAGUUUUCCAGGUGGUAUGUAUUUGUAUGUAUGUAUAAAGUGUUAGAAGUUAAAUCUGAUUAGAUCAAAAUUAGAAAUGAAUAAAUUCGAUAAAUGUGCAUUGUUUCCUUAUUGUGUGCAAAAUUGCAUUGACUCAUACAGGUAUGCUGUGUUUAAAUUGCUGGAGUGUCAGUGGUGAAUAUGAUAAAAGUUCUGAUGUGACAUAUAUCGUAAGGGACCCUCAAGUGUUUACAAUUUGAUCACUAAGGAAACAAGUUGGGUAUCUGUCAGAUAUAAAGAAAGAUGUCAUUUAUUAUUAUUAUCUUUCCUGUUGUUUGACUUUACAGUAAUAUUCUACACUGAAUCCUCUCCAGGAUGAUGCGAACCCUGACCGCAGCAGUGAUAAAGUGAUGAGCGGUUUGUCUCCAAUAGCAGUAAGUAAACAUUUCUCUUUACUGACGCUGACGGUGCUUAUUUAUCGUUUUUUUUUUUUUUUUUCUAACAGUACCAGGUGGUGGUAUUGGAUUGUGAACUUCAGUGUAGAUUGAGUUCAUCAUUUACUUAAAGCAUAAAGAACCGUGGCCUACGAAUAUUGCUUCCAAACUGUAAGUAGUUGAAGCGUGCAUGUGUGCUCAAAAUUGCUAAUAUUCUUGGUUUGUGGAGCUUUCUAAAUGGCAUAUUGCUGAACUGCAAAAUUGUAUCUGAAAUCAUAAUAAAAGCUCUAUAUUUUUC